ACGUGACAUUUUAAGGUAAUGGUGGACGAAGUGUCAAAAUGGAGUAAUCUAGUUUUCCACUUCUUUAAACAGUUAUAACAUUUAUAAAGAAAAGUGAACCCAGAUUGUUUGAUUGUAUGAUGGGAGAGGCAGCACCAGGAGCAAGUUCUCCACAAUAUUCACAGCUCAGUAUAACAGUUCAUUCAGCAAAGCUGGUAUCGGGGAGUGGGCUGUUUUCUGGCAAUCCUGAUACGUUUCUAGAACUGAGCAUUGAUGGUCAGCCCCCGAGAAAAACUGAAGUCUGCAAGAAAUCUACCAGUCCAAAAUGGGAUGAACCAUUCACAAUCCUGGUGACCCCAUACUCAAAAAUCGAGUUUAAGAUAUUUUGUGUGAAGGCGUUACGUGGCAAUGUGCUGCUGGGUGUGUACAACCUUGACAUUCAUGGUCUUCUCGAGGAACACAGGGGGAAGCUGUCGAAUCUGCGUAAGUCCCUGCAGCUGACAGUGGAGGGGAAGCCAAAGACUGCUGACCUUACAGUGAUACUGGACGGACUCAAGGUCUCCAUGAGAAACUUCCCAAAGAAGUCACUGUCUUCAAGCUCUACAUCUAAUGGUCAAGUUGGUGGUGCCACAAAUGCUGGCAGUGAGAGGUCAAGGUCAAGACCUGCCCCACCCCGUCCUGCCCCACCAGUGCCGUCGCAGGCAGCCAGUAACAGCUCAAACUCACAAUCAAAUGUGGCUACAGGAGACACAAACACAAGCACAGCCCUUCCCACAGAAGCACCCCCGUCUAUCGAUGCCACAAGCUCAGGCAAUGUCGAUCCUUCUAAUAACAACAAUGAGCCUCUUCCUGCUGGCUGGGAAAUGAGGACUGACCCCCAGGCACGCUGUUACUAUGUUGAUCAUAACACGAGAACAACCACAUGGGAAAGGCCGCAACCAUUGCCACCUGGCUGGGAGCGGCGUGUUGACCAACGAGGCCGUGUCUAUUACGUGGACCACAAUGCACGGACCACGACAUGGCAGAGACCAAGCAUGGACUUCGUACAGAACGUGCAGAACUGGCAACAACAAUGGAAUAAUAAUCGAACACAGGCGUAUGAACAGCUCCAAAAUCGGUCCCUCUUUAGCAGUGUAGCACCUGAACAACCCCAGGAAGAUUCAUUAGGGGCUUUGACUAAGGGAUGGGAGAAGAGGGCUGACGCGAAUGGGCGUGUGUAUUUUGUGAACCACAGGAACAGAACCACUCAAUGGGAAGACCCUAGAACACAGGGGAUUACACAGGAAGAUCCUCUACCAGAAGGUUGGGAAAUGCGAUAUACAUCAGAGGGAGUGAGAUACUUUGUUGACCACAACUCAAAAGCAACUACAUUCCAGGACCCCAGGGGCGGACCUUCAAAAGGUCCGAAGGGAGCGUUUGGUGUACCCAUCCAGUAUGAACGGAGUUUUCGAUGGAAGCUUGGUCAGUUCCGCUACCUGUGUCAGUCCAAUGCCUUACCUGGUCACGUGAAAGUCACCGUUUCUCGGGAUAACUUGUUUGAAGACUCGUUUGCUCAGAUAAUGCGCCUCCAACCGUUUGACCUCAGACGGAGAUUGUACAUAAUAUUCAAGGGUGAAGAAGGCCUGGAUUACGGUGGAGUUGCCAGAGAAUGGUUCUUCAAUUUAUCCCAUGACGUGUUGAAUCCGAUGUACUGCCUGUUUGAAUACGCCAGUAACAGUAAUUACAGUCUCCAGAUCAACGCAGCCUCCGGUGUCAACCCAGACCAUCUUGUAUACUUCAGGUUUAUCGGACGAUUUAUCGCAAUGGCAUUAUAUCACGGGAAGUUUAUUGACAGUGGUUUUACCUUGCCCUUCUACAAGCGAAUGUUGAACAAAAAGCUGAUUUUGAAAGAUCUCGAAUCUAUAGACUCCGAGUUCUUUAGCAGUCUAGUCUGGAUUAAGGAUAACGACAUUGAGGAAUGUGGUUUGGAGUUGACGUUUUCUGCUGAUUUUGAAGUCCUCGGGAAAAUCUCUCAGCACGACUUGAAAGAGAAUGGCGCUGAUGUAGCAGUUACAAAUGAGAAUAAGGAGGAAUAUAUAAAUUUGAUGACAAACUGGCGGUUUACGCGAGGUGUUGAAGAGCAGACAAAGGCUUUCUUAGACGGCUUUAGUGAGGUUGUUCCUCUUCAGUGGCUCCAGUAUUUUGACGAGAGGGAGAUUGAGCUGAUGUUGUGUGGUAUGCAGGAGGUAGAUGUUGAUGAUUGGGAACGUAACACGAUCUACCGACACUACCAGCGGAACAGCAAACAGGUCGUCUGGUUCUGGAAGUUUGUUCGUGAGUUGGACAACGAGAAGCGAACACGACUGAUGCAGUUUGUGACGGGGACGUGUCGUCUUCCGGUCGGUGGAUUUGCUGAACUGAUGGGGAGCAACGGUCCUCAGCGAUUUUGUAUCGAGAAAGUCGGAAAAGAAACAUGGCUGCCUAGAAGUCAUACAUGUUUUAACAGAAUAGACUUGCCACCGUACAGAAGUUUCGAACAACUUGUGGAAAAACUAACAAUGGCUAUCGAGGAAACAGAAGGAUUCGGCCAAGAAUAGCACUGGCUUGGGUUACGUGUGAAUAUUAAGAAAAGCUGUGAUUUAAUGUCAUUCAGAGUUACUGAUUUCAUGUUUAUUGUUAUAAGUGAUUUGCAGGGUGUUGAAGUAAUACAGAACAAUGCCAGAUUCUGUUAAUUUUCAUCAAGCGUUGGAAGGAUCAAUUCUCAGUUUGUGAUAGCAUUAGAUUACUGUAAAAAACCGUUAAGGGUCUAAAAGGAUUGUUAUAAGGUAAAACAGUGUUUUUUUCACCAUCUUUGAAAUGGGACAAGGAUCAUUCUGAUUUGGAAAUUGCAUGAUUUUGACUCAAAUUGGGAAGUAAAAUUUGCCUUAAAAUAAACAAUUUUAUAAGCAGGAAUAAAUAGAAAGUGAUAAAAAUUGUUUUUUUCGGAUGAGAACAACCUUUACAGCUUAGAUUCCACUGUUAUAUUAAAAAAAUAACAUUAUUUUUUUCCAAACAUAAAAUUUGUAAUUUUAAGUUUCAUAUUUGAUGAAAAGGUAUUUUUAGCAUUGUGAGUUGGGCUGAAUUUUGGCCCCAAAAUGGUCCCAAAAACCCACACUGUAAAAGUGCCCAACUGUCAGAUGAUCAAAUUGACUUCUUUUACCAGUCCCCCUGUACAAAUAAUAUAAAAUAAAUACAACAUUUUAUGAUACAAGGAAUACAGAAAUCUUUUUGGUCACUGUUGCGUAGCUAUUUCAUUUCAUUGGGUACCAGAAUUCAAUGAAAGCCCCUUUAUUUAACUUUAAAUUUUUAUUUAAUUUUUCUCGUUUAAAGAAAUUUUGACAGUUUCGCAACUUCAAAUAAAUGAAAUUUAAAUAAGAUCUGAUUGAAAUCAAUAAAUCAUACAUGUAUCUCAACAAAUUAAUAACUUUGUGAUUAGAUUUAAUUUUAACUGCAUAAAAAUGUCAUUUGUUAAUGGUAUUUUCUAGUCUUGAAUGGCUCCCUGUAGAGUCAGCCUUUGGCAAUGUUAUAUUGUUACAUUAAUUUUUUUUGACAGCAUGUUCAUUCUAGCACAGAUAAAAACGUUGAACAUAGAAAAAACCUUAUUUUCGUAACUCGAAAUGGCGACCAUUGGCCUCUUAUCAGCUAGUGUAUGACAGAUUGCUUAGUUAACAAGAAGUUUCACAAUUAUUAAUGAUGCUUACUCAAAAGUUAUAGUUAUCUCUUCAAGAUGGUGUAGAAUGCUUAUCUUUCAAAACAGUUUCUUUUCUUCUAAAGGCACACAAUAUAGAUUGAUGCAAAGAAAACAUAUUUAAUUUUAAUGCAUUUUCAUGUUUAACUCGUAUGUCUUAAAUGAUCAAAACAAAACAAAAACCAUAUGAUUUAGGUACAGAUAAAAAAAUAUUAACCUUUAAAAAUGAUUUCUUUUUUAAUUAAUAUCUACCAGGGUACGUGGCCACAAAUUCCUUGGUUAAAAAACUGCUAAAACAUCAAGUAUUUAAGGGCAUCAAGCUAUAUAAUGCUCCUUGGAUUGAGGAAAUGUAAUCAUUCUGUAACUUCAGAUGAUUUGUCAUAUACUUGUAAGUAAGAUAGGCUAUAAAUACUUGUAAAUUUUGAUUUACCUUGUACAGAUGUAUUCAGUUAUACAUUUCAUGUAUACAUUCGUAUUUAAUUAUUAAAGUAUUUGUUUGUUAUAUUCUCUGCCCAAUGAGGAUACUUGACUCAACCAUUUUGUGUGCAGUAUAUAAUUGUUAACAUUGCCUUCUUUAAGAGUAUCGAAAAAUAUGACUAUUAAUUGGGCUUUGGACAAUUUAAAAGAAACAGUGCUCUGAAUAUCUUGUUUGCGUGGCUUGUUUAGAUUUUUCAAAUCAGCAGAUGGUUUUAUUUCAUAUGCCAUGCGUAAAAAUAUUAUUUUAAAACUUGAUCAGUGUGUUUUCGCUCUCGUUUUAUUACCGGAAUUUGAUAAGGUGAUUAGUUUCUGCAAACACUUUGAAAAAGCUGUUACCGCAAUAAUUUUUUGACUGUGCUCCAUCAGGUGGCGGUUUUGUGAAAAGGUUUGUUAAAGUGUUGUUAAGAAACUAAACUCUCACUCAAACUCCCGUAAUUAACCAAAGGCCUUUAAGCAGCAUAGACUGCGCUAUGUUUCAUUUAAAAUGGUUAAUAAAUAGUAAAGUUAUCUUUGUUUGAUGUCUUUAUUCAAAGCAAAAUGUUGCAUUCCAAUGUAGCAUUUAUGACACAAUUUAUCACAUGGUAAACACACACAUCUUUCUAUAAAAUAUUUCUGCAAAAAUUGCACUUUUUUUCUUUGAUAAUUUCUAAAAUACUAGGCAAAUGUAUAUAUUGUACACGAAAUGUGUUCUUGUUAAUAGUUAUUGUUUAAUAUGAUGUUCUUAAAGGAAAAGAGAAUUGAUAGAAUGUAUCACGAUGUCUCUGCUGGCACAGUUUUUACUACUGAUUAACUUCAUGUAUUUAUUAUCAUUAAUUUGUGUUCAUCUUGGUUAGCUUAUAAUGUUUCUGUUAUAUUCCUGCUUUAUUCCUGCUUCUGAUAUCUGAACUGGUUGAAACUUGACUGGUUAUCAAUGAACAUUUUUCAGCGCUUUGAAUCUUAAAGCAAAAUAAAAACGAAACAAAGUAUGAAUUAAAAGAUCAGCGCCCAUUUUCAUAAACGUCUUCGACUCAGAAAAGUGAAUUUUAAAUUUUCAUGAGUAAACUUUGAUUUAGUUAUUUUUUACAUAAUUAUUUUAAGUAAUUGUUAAACAUGGUACAUGAAGCAUAUAUGGUAAGUUUAACCUUUCUUACUCUUCUAAGAUCAACUCUACAAUGAACUUAAGAUUGCAGUUUUGAGUUUCGGUAUGGAAUUCAUAUUGGACGUUAGUGAUUAUGGAUCGGGGCUUUGAUUACAAACUAUCUCAAGUCAGAGUCUAGACUGACUCUGAAAAGCACUUCAUUAAAUUACAAAGAAUCAUCUUUAUUCCAUUUUUUUUCAAAAAAAAAAUACUGUCAGUUUCAAUUAAGGAUAAAAUUCAGCAAAUAAAUGACAAGAAAAUCUUCAAUUUUGCCUCUUGAGUCUGAACUAAGACUUGAGACUGUUCGUAAUCAUUGCCCCUAAGCUCAUACACUUUAUGUGUGGUAAUAGAACUCAUUUACAGAGCUACCAGUAUCGUUAUUUUUAGAUUUUAAAUGUUUAAACCAAUAUAGGUUAUAACCUACAUUUCCAGCCAAUCAGAUCACCCAUUGGUCUCUAAUACUUACCACGCUUACUCCUUAAAGCUGCACUCUCACAGAUAUACCAUUUUUACAACUUUUUUUCUUUUUUGUCUUGAAAAGAGCAAAUUUUUGCGUCAAUAUCUGCAAACCAGUGAUAUAAGAUUGCUGACAAAAAAUCAGACCGUAGAUUUUCAUAUUUCCGUUCGAAAAUUGAUGUUUUAUGGCUUAAACCAAUACUAACGGUUUAAGAAAAAUGCAUAAAUCAUCAAUAUUUUAACCUAAAUACAAAAAUCUGUGAUCUAAUUUUUUGUUAGCACUCUUAUAUAACUGGUUCUCAUGGAUUUUCACAAAAAUUGUCUCGUUCCAAGACAAAAAGUUGUCAAAACGUUCAAUCUGUGAGAGUGCAUUUACUACUUAACAGACAUGACAUCAUAAUUUGGUUACCCACCUGCUAAAAACAAGCUUACAUCUUAAGUCAGUUGGAACAUGUGUUCUAACUAUUAUUUUCUGAAUAUUAUUUGAAUCAUUUUUUUUUUUUUUUUAUGAAAUUUUUAAUUAUUCCGUCAAUGUAUUCUAUAUUGUGUAUACAGUAAAUUUUGUUCCUCUCAUUUUUGUAACACAUUUUUGAUUUGUUCUCAGUACAAAAAAAUAAGAUAUGAAAUAUUUAUAUAUAUCUCCAAAAGAAGUUAAGCAGUGAAAUUCCAUGAUUAAAAAAAUGUUUAUUUUAUAUAAGUUUCAGUAAAAACAAAAUAUUUUAAACUGUUAGUUAAAAUCUUUAAUAGUACGUGUAUGUUUGUAUUUAAUUUUAUAAAUCUUACAGUUGAAGAAAAAUAUAUUUCAGAUUCUUAUCCAUGGAAAAUUAUAUGAAAAGCAAAAUUUAUUAAAAUUUAACAUAAAAUUGGGCUUAUUGUUAAGAACUUUUUUAAAGUUAACAAUGUGAUUAACGAGAUUGUUGUUAACAGUUAAACAUGAAUUAUUUUAUGAUGUGCUUCUAUAUUUAGAUAAAACAGAAACAACUGUAAUAGUUGUCUGAAAUCUUGUAAGAACAACUGAGAUCACAAGGGUAUCCAUUAAACUUCCAAAGCAGUAAAGAUUUCAAAGUUAACAAUGAUGAAGUUAACAACUUUGUUAAAUUUAACAAAAUUUCCAACAAUCGGCUCAAUGUUUGUGUUUGUAACUUUAUGCAUGUUGCCUGUAAAAAAUAUCUCUUCAUUUUCUCAAUAAGUAUUUAAUAUUGUAUGUCAUAUUUGCUUUAGAACAUCUUGUUAAGCCAAAGUAAACAUGAUUGGAAAUCUUUACCAGAAAUGAAAAGUCUUAGGCUUAUUGUAGAAUAGAAAUAUUGUUUUAGAAUUAAUGGUAUUAGAAUCUAAAAUGUAUUUUUUUCAGCUGUGUGUAAUAUACCGGUAUAGGUCAUACUUUCCAAGAUUAGCCCCAAUGCUCUGAACUGUUGUUGCCAAGUGUUAUUGUGAAUGUGUAUGAUAUCAUUGUUUUGCAAUACUGUGCUUUUAUAAAGAUUAUUAAAUCAUGGAAUUUUA